AUGAACAAUACCAAUUCCAAACUCCCCAACACGCCCAUCAAACCCAUUUACAAGAAAUCGUCUCCCAGAUCGACCAAGGCCUCCAAAUCAACAAUUGCCACCCCUAAGCUACAAGAGAUCCCCGACCCUUUGAGCGGAAGAUCUAGUAGCCCCGAGUCUCCUUCUAGGUCGAAAUCCAGACGUGCGUCGCCGGCCUCGGUCAAGAGCCAGCAGUCCCUGACCAGCAAUAACACUAGAGACAAGAUGGCUGAAAAAGCCACUUCCAGCACUUUGAACGGUUCUCAGAAGCCAGAGGAAAGCGCGGUUCUCGUUGAGAGAGAAGAAGCCACCACCAAAACCGCGCAAACUGCAAUCGACACUUCAUUCUACACCAAUGUCGCUGACAUCGAGCCCGGUGUUGCUCGUGUCACUCAGGGGUUCCGCUCGGGAAAGACCCACUCUAUCCAAUUCAGGUUGAACCAAUUGAGAAACCUUUAUUUUGCCAUCAAAAAGAACGAACAAGAACUCGUGUCCGCCUUGAACCAGGAUUUCGAUAGAAUCCCAUCCGAGACUAGAAACUACGAGAUUUUAACUGGGUUGAAUGAAUUGGUUUAUAUCAUGUCGCAAUUGCACAAGUGGGCCAAGCCGGAACCUGUGAGCGACCUCCCGUUGAACUUGUCAACAAACCCCAUCUAUGUCGAAAGGAUCCCCUUGGGGGUGGUUUUGGUCAUUGCCGCGUACAACUACCCCUUCUUUGUCUCGAUUUCCCCCAUUGUCGGCGCCAUUGCUGCUGGAAAUGCCGUGGUUUUAAAGCAAUCGGAGUUGACUCCCAACUUUACCAAAGCAUUCACCAGGGUCGUGACGCAGGCUUUAGAUAAGGACAUUUUCUUUGUCGUUAACGGGGCCAUUGCUGAAACUACCGCAUUGUUGGACCAAAAAGUUGACAAAAUCAUCUUCACCGGCAGUGAGACUGUGGGCAAGGUGAUUGCUCGCAAGGCCGCCGAGACCUUGACCCCCGUGAUCUUGGAGUUGGGUGGUAAAUCCCCCGCCAUCAUCUUGGAAGACGCCGAGCCCAAAGACCUAGCCGUCAUUGCAAGAAGAAUCGCCUGGGGCAGAUUCACUAACGCGGGUCAAACUUGUAUCGGAGUAGAUUAUGUGCUUGUCCCCGAGCACUUGCACUCGCAGUUUGUCGCCACCUUAAAGAAAAUCUUGACCGAGGAAUUCUACCCUGGCUUGACCAAGAACGACCCGCAGUUUACCCAUCUUAUCCAUGACCGUGCAUUCCAAAACUUGAUCAAGAUGAUCGAGGCCACCAAAGGCAACGUUGUCACCGGUGGCUCCCCCAAAUCCGACGCCGCUUCGAGGUUCAUCCCGCCCACGGUGAUUGAUAACGCCACCUGGGACGACUCGAGCAUGGCGAGGGAAAUCUUUGGCCCCGUCUUGCCCAUCGUGACCUAUUCAAACUUGAAUGACGCAUGUCUGCAAGUAGUCAAGAAUUGCGACACACCCUUGGCAUUGUACGUAUUCACCUGCGGCGCCACCUCCCUGGACAAGAACCCCGCUAUCAAGACCAUCAAGUCCACCAUCCGCUCAGGCGGGUUGGUCAUCAACGACGUCCUCAUGCAUAUCGCGCUCCAUAAUGCGCCCUUUGGAGGUGUGGGCUCGAGUGGGUAUGGCGCAUAUCAUGGACAAUUUUCAUUCCGAGAGCUCUCGCAUGAGCGCACGGUGAUGGAACAAUAUUUGUGGAAUGACUGGGUUAUCAAGUCUAGAUAUCCUCCGUACUCCGAUAAAAAGGAUGCCUUGGUUCAAACUUCGCAGAAACCUUAUGGUGGCAGAGUCUGGUUUGGCAGAAAAGGGGACGUUAGAGUCGAGGGUCCGACUUUGACGUUCACGGCGUGGAGUAACGCGUUGGGGUUGUUUACUCUUGCGCGUGAUUUCAUCGGUAAUGCCAUCUGA